GAUCAGAGGACAGCAAGAGAGGACACAGCAUCUCAGCAGGCAGCAUCUUCACUCGGAUCGUUGUUUUAUAAAUUACUGGCUGUUUGUUUUAUCCGCCUUCUGUUAUUUUUAUAGACACAUACUAUCACCAUUGCAUUGCAUUUUUCAUCCUCAACGUGCAGACCCAGCCCACCGCACUCCUCUCCAGCUCUUUUGCGUUUCUCCUGCUGCGCGGUGUUUUGGAUGUGUCGACCGGCUGCAGCGGUGUUCGCGGCGCUGACCGCCUGCUGCCUCUGUUGCGCUCCGCUCCUGUGCGUGGCGGGGAGAAGCCAGCAGCUCAAUUACCGACCGGUCAUCGGUGUGUUGGCGCAGGAAAACCUCCCAGGAGACCAGUUUGCUCGUGGCUCCUCUUACAUUGCUGCAUCAUAUGUCAAAUACCUGGAGGGAGCCGGGGCAAGGGUCGUACCCAUCAGAAUCAAUCGCACAGAAGAAGAAUAUGCUAAGCUGUUCUACUCAAUAAAUGGGUUGUUGCUGCCAGGAGGAGAUGUGGAUAUUCAGACAUCGCAGUUCAGUCGAGCUGCCAGGAUCUUUUACAACUUGGCUCUGAAGGCGAAUGAUGCUGGCGACUACUUCCCUAUUUGGGGAACUUGUCAGGGCUUCCAGCAGCUGUCUGUCCUCACAGCCAACAAAAACCUGCUCACCCUCACUGAUACGAAGGCCGUGGCUCUACCUCUCGCUCUCACACCAGCGGCCCAGUCCAGCCGUCUGUUCCGGAGUUUUCCCAAGGAUCUGCUGCAGUCUCUGGCCGAAGAAAACAUCACGUCCAACUUCCACAGCUGGAGUCUGUCUAUGCAGAACUACAGCCGGAACGCCAAACUGAAGCGGUUUUACAAGGUCCUGUCUACUAACAAUGAUGGGAAGAAGGAAUUCAUCUCCACCAUGGAAGCCUACCGCUACCCAUUUUAUGCAGUGCAGUGGCAUCCAGAGAAAAGCCCCUUUGAGUGGAUAGAUAAGCCGGGCAUGGUUCACUCCACCUCUGCUAUAAGAGCCUGCUUCUACACUGCCAGCUUCUUUGUCUCUGAAGCCAUGAAGAACCAGCACCACUUCUCUAGUCCCGUUGAGGAGGAGGGAGCUCUCAUCUACAACUUCUAUCCUGUCUACAGAGGCAUCCACGCCGUCUUUGUGCAGAACUAUUACUUUGAUUGAUGGACAUUACUGAAGAUUGAAUCAGGCUCAGUCUAGUCAGAAUUUGGCACUGGCAGAACAUCUUGGCCCACGAUAAAAACCAAAUUUGAUGGUGUUGUCACUUACACUAGCCUCAAACGUCAAGUCAAUAAUUUAGGGAUGCACCGAUUGUGAAAUACAGAUGUUUAAAAUAACAAUUUGGCUGAUGCUGAUGUUUUUUUGUUUUUUAUUUGCCCUUUUUUUGCCAGGGAAGCAAAUCAAUUUAUAUAUCCGAGUUGUAAAUAACCAAUACAACAUUUAGCCAACACUAAAUUGAUGGAACACAACAGAUAAACAUCAACCACUGAUAUCGGUCAAUACCACCUAAUUUGCCGACGUCAGUAAACAAGGCGAAUAUUGGUCGAUACAGAAUUCCGACCGAUGUAGCGGUGCAUCCCUACAACAAUUAGCUGUAUAGCUGAUUUGCUCAGUAAAAUGAAAUGCAAACAGGACAAUGAAAAAAUAGAAGAUUAAGAAAAUAAAAGAAAAUAUUAUAUUAAAAAAUCUUUGCAGGAUUUUUAAGUAUAAUAACAGAAAAAAAUUUAACUAAUUGCAAUUACUAGGAUGUAUAAAUUUGAAAACAAGACCAAAUUUAAACACAUUUAGUAAAUAUAACACAAUUAUGGGUAGCUAAAAUCCAGAGUAACAGUGACAACUUCCUACAGUAAACUGUACGACGCCCAUCAAUAAACUGCCACACACUUAAUGUUAUUCCUAUGUUCUUAAAACGGUCUUUAGUUCACAUCUCUUUGUAGUGCUGCGAUUUUGCCAUGACAGCAGUAACAGUGUGGGUUCUAUGUUCUACCUGCAGAAUUGUAUAUGCUCAAUUAUGGCAAACUAAAUUAAAUUAAACAAAACAUAAAAACACUGAUAAACAUAUGGGAAGAAGAAUGAGAUCGAAAUUCCAAUUUUCGGGAUAUCCCUUUCAUUGCAGCUGUGUCUAAGAUACCCAUAGCUUUACUACUGAAUACCAUUUACAAUAAUAUGCACAUCAAAAAUAGCUGAUAUCCAGAUGCUAUUAAAUUGCUUUACUGGAGACCUUUGCUGGUGUUUGCUGCUAUUAAAUCACAUUUGUAACCUAAAAUAAAUCAUAUGAGGAUUAACAGACUGAGUGAUCAGUGGCAGAGUUUUGCAGGACCACUUAAGUUGCCUUACAUAGGCCAAGUUUGUGUUCCCAGACUAUUCAAUUCAAUUCAAUUUAAUUUGUAUAGUGCCAAAUCAUAGACUACAGGACCAAGGCUUUACAAAAUCACUGCCAUUUCUCUUUUGUGUUUUAGUUCCUACUCCAUCGCUUAGGUAUGAGGAUGUGUUGAUUCUGACCAGGGUAUAUGAACGGUACUAAAAAAAAACUUAAUUUAUUUCAACAUCUUUACAUUACAGUUAUUGAUCUCACAAGGAAACAAAUACAUUGUUUCAUUGCUAUGCAUCCUGCAAACAGUUGUUUUAAAAAAAAAAGUAUUAAAAAUAAGUUGCUUCUUUCUUUUACUCACUUACAAAACAAACACAUGCCAGAGCAAGAUCUCAUGGGAAAUGCAGUCCUAAUUCUGGAAAACAAUACCGCGUUUGUCCACAGGGGGCACCAAUAUCAACACAAAAUAAAAGAUCCUUGUAAUUACGUAAAGUAUAACCAGUCACCUAAUUUUACAAGCCUAACUCCCAUAGCCUAUGAGUCCACGCUUAAAUGUGGGUAACUAAUAAACACUGACUAUUCCCACUCUAUCAGCAAGAGGCUACUGAAGGUCAGUUAGACUGACAAACUGCUGUUUCAGUAUCAGUAUAAAGUAAUUAAUGUGGUUCUUUAACAUUCCUUCUGUAAAAAUGGAAACAUAUAUUUUGCUACCUGUAUUCCUUCUUUUUUUAUGUAUUGGCUUUAUUCUGCAGGACUGCAAAACUUGUUUAUUCCUCAAUAUCUGGUACAGCAAUCAGUGUGUAUGCCUGUCAAGGAGAAAUUUCAUUACCAACUUAAAUCUUUAUUCUAGGAAAUGGAGUAUUUUGUAUGCUAACAUGCUAUCAGAGAAUGCCAAAUAUGACUAAAGAUCAGGUUACAAUUACAUUGAUUUUUUUUUCAGUUUUACAGUUGGCAGAUGACAUGAUGAUUGAGUUUGUACAAAACUUUCACUUUCACCUGAAAACCUUCUAGGUAUGAGGUCUCCUUUGACAUAACAAUGUUCCAUGUCAUGGAAAAAGUGGAUUUUAUGGAUCUGUUCAUGAUUGUCGGAUUUUAAAAUGUAACCUUGGAUGUUUAAUGGUGUUAUAUCAUUGUGUGAGGAUGUGUUUAUACAUUUAUUUUAUUUCCUUCAUCAGUCAACAUUAUAAAAUGAGUAUACCAAACCAAUAUUUUUUUCCCUUUUUUUUGCAGUCUGGUUUAAAAUGUUUGUUACCUAUAUUGUAACCCCGCACAGUGCAACAUUAUGUUGCAUUUAUUACAUUAUUCUUGCAGCAACAGAAACACACAGUCCUCUAUUGCCAAAGUGAAAAUACAUUUCCUUUUUUAUUGUGUAAUGACAACAACCAAAAAUAAUGAGUCGUUUAAACUAUGUGUCUAAGUCCUACUUUGGAACAUUCUAUAUUUAAUUCAAUGCGAUGGCUUUGAAUACAUGCAUUGAUUGCACAACUGAUUGUAAAAGUUUUGCUUGUUUGUUUGACCAUGUGCCAGAUGAUCAGACAAUAAAGAAAGCCAA